CUGUGCACGAUUAUCAAACAAAUGACGCAACCGUGCGUCUUGUUGAAGUGUAACCGUAGGAAUUCUUGUGAAGAUCAUGAAGUCUUUAUUGUACUGUGCCACCGUAAUAUGAAUUGUGAUCUGUAAUUAUAAGUUAUAUUUACGUCUGCUGACUCUGGAGGCACGGAAUGGAAACAUGGCUGGGCACGUGUCUUCUGCUAUGCCUGUACGGAUUCUUCAAGGAAGUCCGACCCUCGGAGCCGUUUCUGACGGAAUACCUUAUCAGUCCUCCCAUGAACCUCACCAAAGAAGAGGCUUACCAAGAAGUGUACCCUGUCUGGACCUACUCCUACCUCUCUCUUCUGAUUGUUGUCUUUUUGUUGACUGAUCUCUUGAGGUAUAAGCCAGUGAUUGUGUUUGAAGGCAUUGGCUAUGUCAUCACCUGGGUACUUUUGUUGUGGGCGCGAGGGGUUGGCUGGAUGCAGUUCAUGCAAUUCACCUAUGGCGUUGCAACGUCGACGGAGGUUGCCUACUUCACCUACAUCUACGCCAAAGUCUCCACCGAACAUUACCAGAAAGUAACGAGCUUCACUCGAACAGCUCUUCUUCUUGGAAGGUUUAUGUCCGGAGUACUGGCCCAGACGUUGGUAGCCACGGAUGCUAUGAACUAUCAUGGGCUCAAUUACAUCUCUUUAGGAAACGUCAGUGUUGCCUUUCUUAUUGCCUGCUUCCUGCCACCAGUACGCACCAGCAUCUACUUCCAUCGUCAUGAAUACAUUGCGUCCAGUGAGGGUGACAGUUCCCGGCGUCUGGAUGAAACGGGAGGGGAGAAAUGGAGGACCAAGCUGUGGUUCACUAAGGUAAUGAAACUCAUCUGGGAAGAUUUUAAAACUGCUUACAGCAAUACUUAUCUGCUGAAAUGGUCGAUCUGGUGGGCAUUCGCCACUUGUGGGAACUUUCAAGCAGGAAAUUAUAUCCAACCUCUUUGGGAGACCAUCGCGCCAAUGGAAGAAACCGAAGAGAUUUACAAUGGAUUAGUUGAAGCACUUUCCACAUUAAUGGGAGCCUUGUCUGCUUUUGCUGUUGGAUACGUCCACUUGAACUGGUCUCUGUUUGGUGAAGGGGCAAUGGCAAUUAUCUCUCUUAUAGAUGGAUUACUUUUAAUCUUCUUAGGCCUUACCAGCUGGAUUUGGGUUGGUUAUGUUAAUUACAUUCUCUUCAGAGCUUCUUAUCAAGUUAUGAUUACAAUUGCCAGUUUUCAGGUGGCAAAGGAGCUUCGAGCUGAUAGUUAUGGCUUGAUUUUUGGAAUCAACAUGUUUAUAGCUCUUUUCCUUCAGUCGCUCUUGACCCUCAUAGUUGUCCAAGUUCUUGGAAUUGAACCACGAAUGCAGUUUGUUAUAUAUGGAAGUUACUUCCUGGUGUUGGCAUUAUUCUUCUUCGUCCUUGCAUCAUACUCCUGUGGGAAAUUAGGAGUACGGGGAAUAAGAGAAGCAGGAAUAUGGGAUGAACAAAAUACUACAGAAAACCAGGAGGCCCCAGUAGGUACUACUGAAGUUAUGUGAUUUAUGAUCAAAUGAUGAAGGAGUCUGUGCUGGUGUUCUUAACUUAAGGCUCAGGAUAUCGUGUCUCAUUCUUGAAAAAUGUAUAGGUUAUUUCAGCCAUGACCAAUUCUUGUAAACAUAUACUCUAGUUGUAAUGAUGCUUCAGCUCAUUUAAAAAGCCUUGUAGAUUAUAAGUUUUCUUGUUGUAAGUACGUACAGUAUUCUUAGAUAACCUGAUAAUAAAGUAAUAUAAUAACCAUACAGGAAAUUAUUUAAGAUUUCAUGCAUAAAUAAUUACUGAUGGAUAUACUGUGCAAUAUUAUAACAAAGCUUUCACAUACCCUUGAUGGAAACUAUGUACAAUAUAGAUGAUAGUAAUUCAACCGUUUAGGUACAUAUAUGUAUAUAUUAAUGGGAAUCUGGUUUUAUGGUGCUUGACAAGUGUUGCUGUUAACUAGAUUUUCGGCUCUGGUAAGUGGUUUUUUGGUGCCGGUAAGAGAUUUAUCGGCGUUGGUAAGCUGUUUAUUGGUUUUGGUAAGUGGUUUAUCGGCACCAAUAUCCAGUUAUUGUUGCUGAUAUCUGGUUAGUACCUCCGUUAAGCAGUUUAUCAGUGCUAUUAUCACCAAUUUUUGUUUAGUGUUAACAUUUGGUUAUCGGUGCUCGGCCGGGAAUGAAACCCCCAUUGUUAACUGGGGAUUGCCUGUAAAUAUAUGUACAGUGGACCCCUGUAUUCACUGAUUAUGCGUGCCAAAA